AUUCCCAUCCUUCCCUCCUUCACCAAUCCUCCUCCGCCGCCGCCAUUUCCCGCUUCACCUCCGCCACGGAACCGCGGACGUGUCGCGUUCCGUCGGACGGUGUUCGGGCUCUCGGCUGCGCUUAAAACGACCAUUCCAUCAAGCCGCUCUUGUUCUCUGGCCUUUCCAUCGCCGCCCAUGGACGCCGUUCAGGAGUUCCCGGCGAUGCUCGCCCAGGCCACGGCCAUGAAGCCGAAGCUGCUGCCCCUCAGAUGGCCUGGUACACUCGCCCAGCUCAAUCCGAUACCGCACAAGUUUCGGCCGGUCCGGAAACUGCGCCUACGCCUGCGACCGCACGGCUCGUCGAAGAGCCAGGCCCAGGCCGACGACGUCACGAGGCUGCAGACCUCGUUCGACGUGCGCAGGUCGCUGAGCGCGCUGCGCACAAGGAGAUGGAGUCUCUGGGAUUUGCAAUACCUGGUUUUAUUUGGGUAUAUCGUCUUCUCGCUGGCUAUCUUGCCGUCCGCGCCGCUCCUCAAGACGGGCGUCCUGGUCGUGCUCGGGCUCGUGCUCCUCAUGCCCAUCACACAGCAGUUUUUCCUACCGUCCUUGCCAAUAUGGACGUAUCUGCUGUAUUUUUUCUCAAGCCGAUUCAUCGCUCCUGAAUACCGGCCACACAUUUGGGUCAAAGUGCUUCCUGCAUUGGAGAACGUCAUGUAUGGUGCGAAUCUCUCAAAUAUCCUCUCCGCCCACACGCACGCGAUCCUCGACAUUCUCGCUUGGGUGCCCUACGGCCUCGGCCACUUUGCGCUUCCCGCCAUCUGCUCCGCCUUCAUGUUCCUCUUCGCCGCACCCGGCACCACCCCCGUCUUCGCCCGCGCCUUCGGCUACAUGUCGAUGCUGGGCGUCACAAUCCAGCUCAUCUUUCCCUGCACGCCACCAUGGUACGAGAAGCUGCACGGGCUCGAGCCGGCGCAUUACGGCAUGGAAGGAUCCCCCGCCGGCCUGCGCCGCGUGGACGAGCUGCUCGGCGUCGACAUGUAUACGACGAGCUUCACGACCGCCCCGCUGCCCUUCGGCGCCUUUCCAAGCCUGCAUGCGGCCGAUGCUAUCCUCGAGGCUCUUUUUAUGCAGUACUGCUUCCCGCGCUUCCGCCCCUUCUUCAUCUUCUACGCUGUCUGGAUCUCCUGGUCGACCAUGUACCUCAACCACCACUAUGCGAUCGACCUCGUCGGUGGCGCCAUCUUCGCCGCCGUCGCCUACUACAUAGCCCGCACCAAGUUCCUACCGCGCCCGCAGCUCGACAAGACGACCCGCUGGGAGUACGAGUACGUCGAAUUCGGCGACCGGCCAAGGUCGUUUGACGAGGAGUCGGGACUCGGCAACGGCUACGGCUUGGGCCUGCUCCAGCGGCCGGGGUCGAGCGACAGCGAUGAGUGGACGCUGGGCAGCAGCUCGAGCUUCGAUUCGAUCAGCCGCGGUGACACCCUCUGCGGGAGCAGCAGCAGCACGCCGGGAAUCCUAAGCCCGACCACUCCGAACGACGACCAUUACGACGUCUGGAGCAAGGUUAGGUUGCCCAAGGAAGGCGAUUCGACCGACGUGUACGUCGCGAGGUAGCCUUUCAGCCCUUCUCCGCCGCCGUCCCUGAUUCCUGUUCGCCUGGUGAUGUCUGGGACACGCAGGUUAAUUCAACCUAUCCCGGAUCCCCCCCUCACGGCCUUCUCACAUUCUCCUCGGAUUCCUUGGCCGGCGUGUCUGCCGCUAGUGGCAGAGCAAUGCUCCCAUUCUUAUCUGGGGAUCGGGUUGGUCGGGCGGCGGGCCUGCGGAUCGACGAUUCGGAACUGGGUUAAUUCCUCCUUCUCCUCCCCUUUUUUCUCCAAUUAAAU